CCGUCUCAGGCCACGCCCCGUCAGCAAGUGACGUCACUGGUCUCCGCUCUCCAGCAGCGGCGGCGCCAAUAAAGCGUCUUCAUCACUCUUCUUCUUCUUCUUCUUCUUCUUGUUCGUGCAGCCAGGCUCGCAGGAGAGACUUUAGUCGACAUUCUGGAAACUUCUCGCCGCCUUGUAAGGAUGACGCCGCGCAUGCGCAUCCCCGCGCAUCUUCCCCCGCGGACGUCCGCGAGCUUUUAUUUUGGAAUUUAAAAAACAUUCCUCGAAGCUUCUUCGUGUGACUUAAUGACGCAUUAGAGCGAGUUUUUUUUUUUUAACAAAACAAAAAGAAAAAAGUACUUUUAAAGGGAGGACUUGCGGUGGCGAUGGCGAUGGUGGCGUGGAGGAACCCCGCGGAGGGCGCGCUGUCCUCCCCGGUGUCGCUGGAGGUCAGCAACCCGGCCGGAAGCGACGUGUCGUCCAACACCAGCAGCUCCUCGUCGUCCAUGUCGUCCGACAGGCAGUCUUUGGCCGGCGUGGAGUGCAUCGUGUGCGGCGACAAGUCUAGCGGCAAACACUACGGCCAGUUGACCUGCGAGGGCUGCAAGAGUUUCUUCAAGCGCUCCGUGCGCAGGAACCUGAACUACACCUGCCGCGCCAGCCGCACCUGCCCCGUGGACCAGCACCACCGCAACCAGUGCCAGUACUGCCGCCUCAACAAAUGCCUCAAAGUCGGCAUGAGGAGGGAAGCCGUGCAGCGAGGCCGCAUGCCGGCGCAGGCGUACUACCAGGGUCACGUGUCUCUGAGCGGCGGGGACCCCCUGCAGUGCCAGCAGCACGCCUACCUGUCAGGUUACAUCUCACUGCUGCUGCGGGCCGAGCCUUACCCCGCCGCCGCCGCCUCCCGCUACCUGGCGGCGGGAAACAUGGAGAACAUCUGCGAGCUGGCGGCGCGCAUGCUCUUUAGCGCCGUGGAGUGGGCGCGCCACAUCCCCUUCUUCCCCGAGCUGCAGGUGUGCGACCAGGUGGCGCUGCUGCGUCUCACCUGGAGCGAACUGUUCGUGCUGAACGCCGCGCAGUGCUCCAUGCCCGUGCACGUGGCGCCGCUGCUCGCCGCCGCCGGCCUGCACGCCUCGCCCAUGGCCGCCGAGCGCGUGGUGGCCUUCAUGGACCACAUCCGCCUCUUCCAGGAGCAGGUGGAGAAGCUGAAGGGGCUGCAUGUCGACUCCGCAGAGUACAGCUGCAUCAAGGCCAUCGCGCUCUUCACCACCGACGCCUGCGGGCUGUCGGACGUGAGCCACGUGGAGGGUCUGCAGGAGAAGUCCCAGUGCGCCCUGGAGGAGUACGUGAGGAGCCAGUACCCCAACCAGCCCACCCGCUUUGGCAAGCUGCUGCUUCGCCUGCCGUCUCUGCGCUCCGUCUCCUCCUCCGUCAUCGAGCAGCUCUUCUUCGUGCGCCUGGUGGGCAAGACCCCCAUCGAGACCCUGAUCCGGGACAUGCUGCUGUCGGGGAGCAGCUUCAACUGGCCUUACAUGCCCAUGCAGUAGGGGGGGGGGGGGUCCAUGGAGGUCAUGGAGGUCAUUCAACCUCAACUUUCUGCCAGACGAUUGAGAUUAUUGUGGACAUUUUUGCCGUGUGGAAUAACAAAGCAUAUUUAUUGUGUGAAUAUUUAUCACGUUUACUACGUUUUUUAUCGACGAAAAAAAAAAAGGCAGCAGGGCUUUUUUUCCCUUUUGGUGUUUUUGGUUUUUGUGAUGCUUUUAUACUUGCUGACACUGCACUUUUUGGGGGAUUUAAAAAAGGAACAUUUAACGCAGACGCCCAGGAAAAGCACACUAAAGCGCCAAGAAGAAGAAGAAGAAAUGGAUGUAAUGUCGCUAAUGAACAUCUGCCUCAGUAAAGUCAUUACUUGAUCGUUUAUUAUAUUUCCCGCCGCUCUUUCCGUGACCUGUAAAGAAUAUUUUAAUG